AACGAGGUAUGAACUAUUCGUUGGUUUGUUAUUCAAUAACAAGCAUAUGUACCGGUGAUACACUACCGCAUUUACUAACAGUCAUCCCCAUUACUAGUCCCGGUUGAUAAGAAUCUGUUGAUUUGUUGAAACUCGUAACGAUAAGCAACUUCAUUCUGCGACUUCCGUUUUCACGUCAUGAAUAAAAAUCGACAUCCUGAUAAAAAAGUUGUUGGGUGAAACUAUAGUUGCUUUAUAUUAUCUCAUCAUAGGUACAUUUGAUCUUUGAGGAAAGGAAAGCAUUUCAUUUAUGCCCAGCGCAGCUGUCGUUUCUCAUGUCUCGGUUUAUAAGACUUGCGUUUAAGGAUGAAGCUCACACAUAAACGUUUCAGCGUCUUGGUACAUUCAGUUCUAGCGUCUGCCACAAAAUCACCAUGUUCCGUGUUUCCGUUCUCUGUGCCAUUUUUGCGCUAUCGACUGCAGCUUUUACUAAACUGGAGCUUACCGAAUGCGGAGGCAAUGGUAACAUUCGCGUCAACGAGGCUGACGUCAGCCCCAUGCCGGUGAAGAUUCCCGGGCACAUUAGUGCCACGGUCGAUGUUGACCUCUCCCAGACUAUCAGCGAUGGAGCUGAACUUAAGAUUGAAAUUUACUCAAAGACCUGGCUUCUUGGAUGGGUGAAGAUACCUGUCUGCAUUCCAAUCAAAAAUAUCAAAAUUGGUUCAUGCACAUACAAUGUCUGUAACUUCCUCUCACAAUUCUCGGCGAGCGGCUGCCCGAAGCAGGUGACAGACUUAGGUCUGGAGUGUCCCACUUGUCCAUUGACACCAAUGAAUCACAGGUACGUUCUAGCAGACGUCGACCUGCCACCCGUACCAGGUGUUCUCGGCAUCUUUGCUAAGGGUGAUUACAAAGUCAAGGGGAACCUUCGCGAUCAAACCGGAGAUUUGGUGGCCUGCUAUGAAGGAAAGUUUUCCAUUUCUUCCUAGUCAAUUUUAUAUACGUAUUGAGUAAGAUUAUGAACGUAAUAAAGUCUGAUUCAACAUGCA